GACGACGUCUCGGGGAAUCCAGAGCGGUAUUGGUCUCUUUCCCUGGGCUCCGAUCUGGGGUGCCCUCUUCAGCUUUUGCCUGUUCUGGGGAAUCCAGGUGUCUCUAGAGCCGCCUCUGUUAUCUUGUGACCUGCAGGUGCCGGGAGAUUUGUAGGGACGACACCGGGACAUCCCGGAAGCUGGGAAAUGAUUUCUAGCUUUUUUUUUCAGGAACUGUUGACAUUCAGAGAUGUGUCUAUAGAAUUCUCUAUGGAUGAGUGGGCCUGCCUGGACCCUGCUCAGCACAAUUUGUAUCGGGACGUCAUGUUAGAGACAUACAGACACCUGGUCUUCCUUGGGCUUGCUGUCUCUAAGCCGGACCUCAUCACCUGUCUGGAGCAAAGGAAAGAACCAUGGAAGGUGAAGACUCGCCAGACAGUGGUCAAGCACCCAGUUAUAUCUAAUCAUUCUACCCAGAGCAAUUCACAAGUGCUGGGCGUGAAUAUUUUAUUACCAGAGAUAAUCCUGAGAAGAUAUGAAAAUGAUAGCCCUGAGAAUUUCAACUCAAUAAAAGACUGGGAUAGGGUGGGUGAGUAUAAGCAGCAGAAAGUAUGUUACAAUGGACUAAACGAAAGUUUAACAGCUAUGCAUGGUAAAACCUACGAAUGCAGUAAACGUUUCCAAGUUGUCAGAAAAUUAUCAAAUGUAAAUAGACAUAAGAUGACACAUACUGGGGAAAUAGCAUCGGAAUGUAAUAAAUAUGGGAAAGCCUUACAACUAUGCUCAAACAUUGGUAAACAUAAGAUAAUCCAUUUUGUGGAAAAGCAGUACAAAUGUAAAGAAUGUUGCAAAGUCUUUAAAUCUUGCUCAAGCUUGUCUAAGCACAAGGGACUUCAUACUGGAGAGAAAAUCUCCCAUUGUGAGAAUGAUGACAAGUGUCUUAGCCACAGCUCAAGAUGUUCGAACCACAAGACAAUUUAUAAUGUACAGAAACCCUACAAAUGUAAAGAAUGUGAUAAAUCCCUUAACUGUUACUCAUCCCUUUCUGUACAUAAAACAAUUCUUUCUUGGGAAAAACCCUACGAAUGUGAAGAAUGUGGAAAAGCCUUUAACCAGUACUCAUCCCUUUCUGUACAUAAAAGAAUUCAUUCAGGAGAGAAACCCUACAAAUGUGAAGAAUGUGGAAAAGCCUUUAUUGAUUCCUCACACCUUUCUAGACAUAAGAGAAUUCAUUCUGGAGAGAAACCGUACAAAUGUGAAGAAUGUGGUAAAGCCUUUUACCAGUACUCAUACCUUUCUAGACAUAAAAGAAUUCAUUCUGGAGAGAAACCCUACAAAUGUGAAGAAUGUGGAAAAGCCUUUAAUGAUUCCUCAACUUUUUCUGUGCAUAAAAGAAUUCACUCUGGAGAGAAACCCUACAAAUGUGAAGAAUGUGGCAAAGCCUUUAACCGGUACUCAAACUUUUCUGUACAUAAAAGAAUUCACUCUGGGGAGAAACCCUACAAAUGCGAAGAAUGUGGAAAAGCCUUUAACGAUUCCUCAACUCUUUCUGUACAUAAAAGAAUUCAUUCUGGAGAGAAACCCUACAAAUGUAAAGAAUGUGGCAAAGCCUUUAACCGGUACUCAAACUUUUCUGUACAUAAAAGAAUUCACUCUGGGGAGAAGCCCUACAAAUGUGAAGAAUGUGGAAAAGCUUUUAAUCAGUACUCAAACCUUUCUGUACAUAAAAGAAUUCAUUCUGGAGAGAAACCCUACAAAUGUGAAGAAUGUGGAAAAGCCUUUAACUAUUCCUCACACCUUUCUGUACAUCAAAGAACUCAUUCUGGAGAGAAACCCUACAAAUGUAAAGAAUGUGGAAAAGCUUUUAAAAAUUCCUCAACCCUUUCUGUACAUCAAAGAAUUCAUUCUGGAGAGAAACCUUACAAAUGUGAAGAAUGUGGAAAAGCCUUUAAGCAGUACUCACACAUUUCUAGACAUAAGAGAAUUCAUUCUGGAGAGAAACCCUACAAAUGUGAAGAAUGUGGCAAAGCCUUUAACCGGUAUGCACACCUUUCUGUACAUAAAAGAAUUCAUUCUAGACAGAAACCCUACAAAUGUGAAGAAUGUGGAAAAGCCUUUAAUGAUUCCUCAACCCUUUCUGUACAUAAAAGAAUUCAUUUUGGGGAGAAAUCUUAUGAAAGUGAACAAUGUGGCAAAUGCUUUAACCAGUACUCACACCUUUCUUACAUAAAAAAAAAAAUUAAUUCUGGAGAGAAACAUUACAAAUAUGAAUAGUGUAGCAAACCCUUAACUCAGAAUCUAACUCAGAAACAUUACAAAUAUGAAUAGUGUAGCAAACCCUUUAACUCAGAGUCUAACCAGCCUGUACAUUAAAAGAGAAUGAGAUAACAUGGAAACCCUAGAAAUAUGAUGAAUGUUACUUGGUCUUCAUAACUUAAUGAAGCUUAUAGAAAUUUACUCUGGAGAGAAAUUCUACAACUGUGAACGGUGUGGCGAUGCACUUAAGCAGAGCUCAAACUUUACUACACAUAAGAAAAUUCAUAUAGGAGAGAAAUCUUAUAAAUGAGAAUAACAUGACAAAUGUUUUUUUUUUUUAUUGUUGGGGAUUCAUUGAGGGUACAAUAAGCCAGUUACACUGAUUGCAAUUGUUAGGUAAAGUCCCUCUUGCAAUCAUGUCUUGCCCCCAUAAA